AGUUUCCUCAAGACCUGUUACAAGAACGGAUUGCUUCAUUUUAAGCAAAAAUGGAUUCAACAUAUCAAAUAAAACGCAAAAGUGAUCGCAAAGCAUAUAUAAGCAAACUUAUGCUUACACGGAUGGGCUCGUUUAAUCUUGCCACGAAAAUUGCCAAUGUAGACUCGCAAGAUGAUGGACUUAAGUUGCCAACCGACUUAAAUAUCGAGAAAUUGCUGCAACAUAUUAGACAAUUGCGGGGUGAUCAUCAACUACCGUUGCUGAAGCGUUACUUUCUCAAAUCGAACCCUUUUGGUAUGGCUGCUGAAAGCGUUGCGGACAAUUUGCGUGACCUAAGAAUCAAAUCGUUGUCUAAUGUGUGUGGCUCAUCAUCGAGAAAUCCCAACCAGAUACGCUUAUUACAAUGGAAUCUUUUAUCUCAAACAUUGGGUCAAAGCAUUGACGGUUUUGUAAGUUGCCCUCAAAACGCUUUGACUUGGGCUAAUCGUAAAUUCCUGAUAGUCGAAGAAAUUUUGCAAAAUCAACCCGAUAUUAUAUGCUUGCAAGAAGUUGAUCAUUUCAAAUUUUUGCAAACAAUUCUCGGCUCUCAGAACUACGAGGGAGUUUUUUAUCCAAAGCCUGAUUCACCCUGCUUAUAUAUUGAAAAUAACAAUGGACCGGACGGUUGCGCGAUAUUUAUUAAUCGGUAUAAAUAUAUUUUAAGAAAUUUCAGUACGCAUACCUUAGAAGUCUGGCAUGUGCAAAGCAAUCAAGUAGCGAUCGCUGUCAAUCUGAUUAUUAAAGCAACGGGACGUGAAUUUUGUGUUUGUACAACGCAUUUAAAGGCUCGCCAUAGCUCGCUAUUGUCAAAAUUGCGUAAUGAACAAGGUCGCGAUCUUUUACACUUUAUUCAAAAAUUUUCAGAAGGUCGACCAGUACUAUUAUGCGGGGAUUUUAAUGCCGAGCCUAUUGAACCGGUCUAUUCUACAAUUUUAAAUUGCGAAUUUUUAAAUUUAUCAAGCGCUUAUGCCGACUUGCAUAACGAAGUUGAGAAAAAUGCAAAAAAUGAUUCGCACAAUAAUAACGAUAAAGUGCAACAAUCGAUAAGAAAUGAACCGCCCUAUACUACUUGGAAAAUACGGGAAGACAGUGAAAUAUGUCAUACAAUUGAUUACAUAUUCUAUUCAAAAAAUCAACUCAAAGUUAAAAAUUGCCUGGAAUUUCCAUCCGAUAAUGAGAUUGGGAAAAACCGUAUACCCAGCUUUCAAUACCCGUCAGAUCAUUUUUCUUUAGUGUGUGAUUUUGAAAUUCUCGACAGUUAAAUUUAUUGACGAAAUGAUCUUAAAGUCAAACUACAUCUCAAUAAAAUCUCGAACUUCACAACCAACUCUUCGUCAAUUUAUAGUCGCCAACUUAUGAUAAAUAUAUAUAUACCUACGCACAUUAGGUUCCCU